GUGUCACGGAAACCACGUGGUCCCAGGAAGCGCCGGUGCUAGCCAUGGGCGUGCAGCCCUCCAACUUCUCAUGGGUGCUCCCGGGCCGACUUGCGGGGCUGGCGCUGCCCCGGCUACCCGCCCACUACCAAUUCCUGCUGGACGUGGGCGUGCGACACCUGGUGUCCCUGACAGAGCGCGGGCCCCCGCACAGCGACAGCUGCCCCGGCCUCACUCUGCACCGGCUGCGCAUCCCAGACUUCUGUCCGCCGGCCCCCGAGCAGAUCGACCGCUUCGUGCAGAUCGUGGACGAGGCCAACGGCCGGGGAGAGGCCGUGGGAGUGCACUGUACCCUGGGCUUUGGCCGCACGGGCACCAUGCUGGCCUGUUACCUGGUGAAGGAGCGGGGCCUGGCUGCAGGAGACGCCAUCGCUGAAAUCCGGCGCCUUCGACCCGGCUCCAUCGAGACCUAUGAGCAGGAGAAAGCAGUCUUCCAGUUCUACCAGCGAACUAAAUAAGGGGCAGCGCCCUCUGCCGGGCUCCCACUGCCCUGACCUGUGUGUUAGAUGGGGCCAGAGAUGCAGAAGUGGACUGCAAGUGCUAAACCCUCCAGCUGCCAGCUGGCUCGAGAGAUUGAAGUAGCACUCCCGUGCAGGCAGGUCCUAAUUGAAGGGAGCCCCAUUGAUGUGGGGGGGUCCCUCUGCUACUUCCUUCAAUAAAUAACUUGUAAAAACAAGCUCACAUUGCAUAGCACUUUACAGUUUAUAAGACACUCCCACACAUCAACUUAUUUGAGCCUCAUAAUAGCCGUAUGAUGUAGGAAAGGCAGGUGGGCCAUCCCUGUUUGGAUGAGGUGGCUAGGGCUCAGAGAGGCCCAAGGUCACACUUCUAGACAGUGGAAGGAUGGGCCAGGACUACAACACACAUCUUGAAGAUGCUGAAACUGUAUGUAUCUGUUCCCUGAUGACAUUUGAUGUCUUCUGGGGAGCUGGUCAAUGAAGAGGACACAAAGCCCCAGCAGCCCAGGGUCUCUGACACUCACAGGGCCCCUGUGGACACAGCCCUUCCAUCUAGGCCCACAUGCCGCACAUGUAUCAUCCCCUUAGCCCCCAGGACAGAGAAGGCCUGGAUGUUGUGCUCACAGGUAACCACCAUCUCCGUCUCCCAAGGGCUGGGCACCUCUCACCAGCCUCUGGCUGCUCGGCUCACCGUGACCUCCAGCCCAGUAUGUUGCUCCACACCGCACACUAAGGAAUGCUGGAACUGAGCCGGUCUGGGCGGUUAAGCAGAGAGGAUAUUUGAUGAUUAAAUGAAGAGAUUCAGGGCUACAAAUCUUGGCCAUGUUUCUCUGAUGUUAUCUUCACCCCAUAGGAUCCCGUCCUACCAGCACCACCACCACACUUUUGGCUUUGAGAGAUAGAAUGAAUGGGAUAGACCAGCCAAACGGGCUCCUGUGGUAUAACUUGUGCCUAAAUUCCUGUCCUCUCUUCUGCUAUGGCAGGCCAGGCUGGAUAAGGUUGGAAUUUGUCAUGAAAUAUGUCCUGAGUGCCUGUGUGUACCAGGCUUUGUUAGAUGUGGAGGCUACCCAGCUGAAUGUGACAUGAUUCAUAGCCUCCUGGAGGAGAUGGGCACUGACAGGGUCCCACCACAUAUAAUGGGUCUAUGA